AUGACCUCAAUAAAACAAAAGAAACAUAGUGGCGAACAAUUAUUUCUUGAGCUUGGACAAAAAAAUUUUAGUUUCUACACUUGUCCUGAAUGUAAAAUGUGUUAUAGUAGAGGAAUAUCAGAAGAUGAUGCUUUACAUUCGAAAUAUCAUCGAGCUGUUAUUGGAGGAAUUAUUUAUUCAUCGUACAAAAAUGAAGUUAUAUUGGAACAAUGUUUAAAAGAUAAUAAAGAAUUAAAUGCAUCAGAAUUAAACGAAAAAAGAUUAAAACAUGCAGUUUGUGGAAUCAACCGAUUAUGGGUAUGUGAAAAAUUCAGAAGAAAAGGGAUUGCGACAAAAUUAAUAAAUCAUGUCAGGUAA